AUGGAAGCACUCAAACAGUCAAACCCGGGAACCGUUGUUGUAUGGAAACACAAAGCUCUGGUAGAUGGUGUUUAUAACAGCAACUUGGAAGUGUUUGAACAAGUAUUUUGGGCCUUCGACCCUUGUGUUGAAGGUUUUAAACAUUGUAUGUCUGUCAUCUGUAUCGAUGGGACGCAUUUGUACGGGAAAUAUAAAGGAACAUUGUUGGUUGCUACAAGUGUGGAUGCAAACUUCCAAGUGUUUCCGCUUGCAUUUGCGUUAGUCGAAGGGGAAAACAUUUCCAGCUGGUCUUGGUUGCUGGGCUGCAUUCGGGUUCAUGUCACUCAACGGGAUGACCUCUGUGUUAUAUCUGAUCGACAUGCUGGGAUCAUUGCAGCAAUGAAUGACCCUAAUGUUGGAUUCACCGAGCCGCGAGCCUAUCACAGGUUUUGUGUUCGGCACUUGGCUUCUAACUUGAAGACUCACGUGCGAAGAAACGACAUGAGAGAUAUGUUCAAGGCUGCUACGUACCAAAGGCAGGAAAGAAAACUAGUAGUUGAUAUGAGUUUGAUCGGUCAGGCAUGUACCAAGGCCAUACAAUAUGGGAUAUGUACUACGAACUUCUCAAAAACAUUUAACAAUGUGUUGAAGGGUGCUCGAUUUCUACCUAUCAUGUCCCUUGUUGAAUUAACAUUCCACAGAGUCAAUAAGUAUUUCCCUAAUAGAAGGGAAUUAUCUCAGGCUAGAUCUGAACAGGGACUUGCAUACCCCCCCAAAGUCACUUCCAUUAUGGAGAAAAACAUUGCAAAGGCCAGAUAUCACAAAGUGGAAGCGUAUAACCGUCGACUGCAUAUAUAUCAAGUUGAAACAGGAUAG